AUGGAAAAGAUAAGAUACCACCUAGUCGAGAGGUAUUCUGAAGAGGGUCUAACUUUCCUUAUCUUCUAUCUCAAGAAUAUGAGUCCCAUAGAGAUGGUUUACUUCUUCUCCACAGCUUCAAAAAUACUAGAUAGAGACAGUGCUGUGAUUCUUCUUGCAUAUCUUCGGAGUGCACAGAGCAAGGGAAUGAUAUGCCCGAGGUAUGCACAGAGGUCGGUAAACUACCAUGUGCAUAUGCUGAACAAAAGGAUAGCAAAGAGGAUUCCAAGUAUGCUUAAUCGCUUUGCUUCUGAAAUGAGGCUAUUUGACUUUACGGAGGUACGUGGAAAGAAAGGCGGGGAAGGGAUGAAGAAGGAGUUUGACCCUCUUAGCCUUCUCAUUGACCUAGUUUUUGAGACACUUGUGAAAACCAGCAACAUUGAGAUUGAGAACACCAUCCAGACAUACUUCCACGAAAAGAGGGAGGAAGUGCUCCCGAGCCCGAUUACUGAGGCCUUUAAUCUCCUUGGAAGGAUCAAGGAUGCAAAUACAAUAGACAUAGGUAUCUCAAGGAUUGUGAGGAUGCUUGAAGUUAGGGAUUCCUUGGAGGCAUUACUGUUCAUAAGCAAGAACGAAAAGUACAGCCACUCAUUUUUUGUGUAUGCAUACCUACUGAACCGGGAUGUCUACGAUGCCACGGUUGAGCUAAUUCUUGAGAGCAAGCAAUACUUUAGGAUUGACAUCGUCAAGCAUCUUGUUUCACUUAAUGUAGAGAAGGUUGUAGAGAGGAUAACAGAUGAGACUGUGGAGAUAUUGAAUCACAUGAUCAAGGAAAGGAGAGUAUAUGUUGAAAAGAUUGUGAAGAUGAUUUCUGAGGAAAGAGUAAAUAUAUCGAGGGAAAGCAUGCUAGAAGUCUUCAAGGAGAACUACGAAGUUCUUGGAGACUAUGCACCUUGCUUUAAACUGAGUGGGCAGGAACUGAUUGAGGUAUCUAAGUCUAAUGAUAGGGCCUUACCUCUUACAUUGGAUGCUGUUGACACACAGGAAAGCAUGAACAGUUUUGUAGAUCUGUUAAAAGAAAAGGAAGAUUGGGCUGUGAUUAAUCUCAUCAAGUCCAUGAAGAACGACCAAAGGAAAGAGACCCUUAUACGGACUAUUCUCAGGAGGAGGGCUAUCAAGGGCCAGCUUAGAAUCUAUCUACUAGAUAACUAUCUGAAGGACGAUCGUUUUAUAUACGACUUGUUGCCGUAUUUGGAGAAAUCUGAUGUGUACAAAUACAUUCCUGACUAUGUUGUUGACACCGAGUCCUUGAAUACCUUUCUGAGGGCUAUAGAAUGUUCUGAGCUUCUGAUCUUUGCACAUAGGAUUCCAGACAUCUCAAAGGCCAUCCGGAUUCUUAACCUCUGCUUCAAAUCUCCAAGAUUCAACGAGAGUGACUUUUUGUUCACAUUGACUACUUUGGAGAAGGAGCUGCCUCUUCUGAUUGUUCGGACCUUGAUCCAAACUCUGUUGAAGUUUCCAAACCUGAAGAACUUUGUUGUUUCGUUUCUGUCAAGACUUGUUAGGAGGAAUAUAUGGAAGCAAGAGGAGAUGGUGGAGGGUGUUGUAAAGUGCUUUGAGAUUAUUGGGGCGGCUGCAGUUGAUAUCAUUGUAUAUUUAGAUUCGGAUGCCACGGCCAAGGUUCUGGGAAAGAGUAAAGGGCUUAGAAAUCUGUGCCGUGAGCAUUUAAGGAAGGAGGGUUCUGGGAAACGCCACGAUUCAAUGCUAAGGUCUGUGAUGGGUAGGUUUGGUAAUAAAUAG